AUGCUCGUGGUUUGUCACGAUUUGACUUUCACGUUUUCAUGCCCUCCUUCCUUCAACAGCGUCAUAUCGCUAAAUUUGCUCGAUAACCUCAAACGCCUUUGUUGCACGUUUACGUUCGUCCAGUCGUCCGAUUUCGAGGUAUGGUCGGUUCUCAGCUAACGCUAGCAGUACUUGCACUCUCAAGGGAAAACGGUCUGCCCCCCCGUCCUUAAGAGAUGCUCCAUUCUUCAUCUGUGUUUGCGGCAUGAGGGCUGACCACGUCCAAGUCGAUGGCAUGGCGUGUUUCCUACAAAAAAACAUAACGCGCCACAGACAAUUCAUGCCGUUCCAUCGAAAACGCCAAGGUUUGUGGGUGAGGAAAAAUACCCAACAUGUCGCAUCCACCCUUCCUUCCACUUUCCGCCCGAAGGACUUCCCAACGAUAGGCAGAAGCGUCGC